UUCCGCCAAAACGCCUCAGAGCCACGCGGCGCUCCAUGAGGUCCGUUCUUGGCUAACAGCUGUUACCUCUCGGGAUCCCGGACCGCCGCCGCCUUCGGCACCCAGGGGACUGGUUCUUCCCUCCCCGGCCCAGAAGCCUGGCUCCGCUCUUCCUGGAGCUCUGUCCUCCGGCCCCCAGACAGGCUCCCCAGCCUUCGGUUUCCAGGACCCAGGCACCCCGGGUCCCCGACGCCCGGAUCAAGGAGUCCCGGAUCUGCGCCACCGAGACAUAACUAGCCUCUUGAAGACCUCCGCCUCCUUGACGUCUUCAGCCUUCCGGUGCCAAGGACCCCAGGUUCCAGCUUGAGAAACUUAACCCCGAGUGCCAAGAACCCCAGGUACUCCCACCUCCCAGCUUUUGAGCGCCAAACACAGCCUGGAAGAGUAGAGGAGCCCCAGCGUCCAGCCUAGUGAAUUUCAAACACUCCAGCUUCCGAGAGCCAAGGAACCUAGGCUCUGUGAACUCACAACUCCAAGGAACCCUCCGAAGUUCCAGCCUCCAGGCUCCGUUAACUCAGUUCUAGGGAAAGUCAGCGUCCCGGGAAGGAGCCUUAAGCGCUCUUAAGCGCUCCUAAGCGCUCCUAAGCGCUCCCAGCUUCCAGGCGCUAAGGAACCCCGGGGCGAUCAUCAUGGUGGCCGAUUCACCUAAAGGAGACUCCAAAGCGUACGCGGCGGCGGCGCCCACCGCCAACGGUGCCUCGGCGUUGGUUCCUCUAGAGGACCCAGGCGCAGCAAAAGGCGGCAGCUGCGGCUCCCGGAAUCAGGUGUGCCGCUGCCUUCGAGCCAACCUGCUGGUGCUGCUGACGGUGGUGGCGGUGGUCUUGGGCGUGGCGCUGGGGCUGGGGGUGUCGGGGGCCGGCGGCGCACUAGCGCUGGGCCCCGCACGCCUGGCUGCCUUCGCCUUCCCUGGCGAGUUGCUGCUGCGCCUCCUAAGGAUGAUCAUCUUGCCGUUGGUGGUGUGCAGCCUGAUCGGUGGCGCCGCCAGCCUGGACCCGAGCGCGCUCGGCCGUCUGGGCGCCUGGGCGCUGCUAUUUUUCUUGGUCACCACAAUACUAGCUUCUGCGCUCGGCGUGGGUUUGGCGCUCGCGCUGCAGCCGGGAGCCGCUUUCGCAGCUAUCAACGCCUCGGUUGGAGCCUUCGGCUCGGUGCAAGAAGCCCCCAGCAAGGAGGUGCUCGAUUCGUUCCUGGAUCUUGUGAGAAAUAUCUUCCCCUCCAACCUGGUGUCCGCAGCCUUUCGCUCAUAUGCUACCUCCUAUAAGGAGAUACCAUUUGAUGAAACCCUGGUGAAGGUGCCUGUGGGGGGUGAAGUGGAGGGUAUGAACAUCCUAGGACUGGUGGUGUUUGCCAUCGUCUUCGGCGUGGCCCUGCGGAAGCUGGGGCCUGAAGGAGAGCUGCUCAUCCGUUUCUUCAACUCCUUCAAUGACGCCACUAUGGUGCUGGUCUCCUGGAUCAUGUGGUAUGCUCCUGUGGGUAUCAUGUUCCUGGUGGCCGGCAAGAUCGUAGAGAUGGAGGACGUGGGGAUGCUCUUCACCAGUCUUGGCAAAUACAUCCUCUGCUGCCUGCUCGGCCACACCAUCCACGGGUUCCUGGUGCUGCCCUUCAUCUACUUCCUCUUCACUCGCAAAAACCCCUACCGCUUCCUCUGGGGCAUCAUGACGCCGCUCGCCACUGCCUUCGGGACCUCCUCCAGCUCAGCCACUCUGCCGCUGAUGAUGAAGUGCGUAGAGGAGAAGAAUGGCGUGGCCAAGCACAUCAGCCGCUUCAUUCUUCCCAUCGGUGCCACUGUCAACAUGGACGGAGCUGCGCUCUUCCAGUGUGUGGCUGCAGUGUUCAUUGCACAGCUCAACCAGCAGUCAUUGGACUUCGUGAAGAUUAUCACCAUCCUGGUCACCGCCACAGCAUCCAGUGUGGGUGCAGCGGGCAUCCCAGCUGGAGGUGUCCUCACUUUAGCCAUCAUCCUUGAGGCAGUCAACUUGCCGGUUCAUGACAUCUCCUUGAUCUUGGCUGUGGAUUGGCUAGUGGACCGGUCCUGUACUGUCCUCAAUGUGGAAGGUGAUGCCUUUGGGGCGGGACUCCUUCAAAAUUACGUGGAUCGUACAGAGUGUCGUAGCUCAGUGCCCGAGCUGAUCCAGGUGAAGAGUGAGACGCCCCUGCCUGUCCCCGCCGAGGAAGGCAACCCUCUCCUCAAAACUAUCCGGGACCUGCUGGGGAUGCUGACCCCUGUGAGAAGGAAUCAGUCAUGUAAAUCCCAGUAGGACCGUCCCUGCUCUGACAGGAGGUGCUUUGGACAUUGGAAUCAUACAGGGUGGGUGAACAGACAAACAGGGGCUCUUGGGGGAGCCCUGCACACACACUUGGGGAGCCACCAGCCUCAGCCUCUCUCCCUGACAUCCGAUGUGAGGGGCCUCGCUGCUGGGGUCUAAGCAUAUGCAUGUAUGUGUGAGUCUGUCCCCAAAUCUCCCCAAUCUUCGACUCCUGUCCCCACCUGAGGCUAGGAAACAGCAAGAUGGAGUAGUGUCCUCCCCAUCCCACCUUGUGAACCUGCCUGGCCUCCCUGUCUCGGGGCUCAGGGCAUCAUGGGAAAUUCUGCCCUCUUUGAGCAGAAGGAUGUUUUGACAGGUUGCUGGUUCCUUUGCUGGUUAUUUUGGUGGCUGUAGCUCUAGCUCUGUAUGUGUGUGUUCUGUGGCUCUCCAUGGUACAUUCCACCUUGUCCCCAGGCCAUCUGUUCCCUCCACAGUAACAGAAACACUCCUAGGAAACUGAGGACAAAUACUGGUUUCUCCAGAGGACAUUUUUAGCAAUAAAAUGGUCACGUAUAUCUAAUCAGAUGUGUUUAAGAAUUCAACUACAAGGGCUAGCCAUGCAGAAAACAACAAACAACAACCCAAAAAACGUGAUCAAUUGGACUUCACUGAAAUAAAAUAUCUGUUCAUCAAAAAACA